AUGACGGACCAUCACUGGGAAACGCAGCCACCUUACCAAGAACCUGAUCAGAAUUUUAACAAGGUGCUACAAGGAGCUUGUCACUGCGGCAGAGUUAAAUACUGGCUCAGCAAAGAUAAACCCCUGGCCUCCAAAUACUGUCACUGCGGCGAUUGUAAAGUCAUCCACGGUGCCCCUUUCCAAUGGGCAGCAAUAUUCCAAAAGUCAGAUAUGGCGUUCCAGAAAGGCACCGAAAGCCUGCGCUUCUACAACUCCGGGUCACAGUCACCAGAACACGAACUACCCUGCAAAGUGAGCUGCUCUCAUUGCGGCACCCUCAUUAUGGAUGAAGGACGAAACAUGGUCCUGCUAUUUCCAACGCUCCUGUCAUUCCAAAACGAGGCUCAGAAGAAGAAUUUCGCUGUCCAGUAUCGGGUUGUGGAUUUACCUGAUGGAAAACCGAAGUGGGCAGGGCUAGAUAACAAGAGCGAGCUGGUAGAUGAAGUCUGA